AUGUCUAAGCGGAAUAAUGAGGGCGAUGUCAUCGCGAAUCGCAUAAGUCUGCUCGAGGCAAAGGGUCAGAAACUCUUGGCAUCGUUGUAUGGUUCGCGGCCGGACUGGGGCACUGCGGAUGGUGAUGCGAAAACACAAGUUGAAGACGAUGAUCAAGAUCUGAAACAAAAUUACGCUCACGACAGGAUUGGUGUCGGCGGCAUAGUUCCCAAGGAUAUCGAAGAUGGCAGCUUCACCAGCAGGAUACGAACAUCAGACGACAAACUCUUGCAACAGUUGAUUGGCAAAAAGAAAGCAAAAGCCCACAUUACUGCGAAACAAGAAGCUGCGAGACCGAAUGCAGCCUCCAAAGCUCAACAUUACAAGAAGCUUGCUGCAAAGAAAGAAGAGUCGGAUGACGACGAAGAGGGAAGGGCUGCGACAUUCAAAUCUAAGAGACAGAAGAAGAAGGUGAAGCAGGAAGCUAAGCCUGCGGAUAGCGAUGACGAAGAUGAAGAGACGAGGGCGAAGAGGUUAGAAGGCGGCACUGUGAAGCAAGAGGAGGAAUUACCAAAAAAGGUCGCCACAGAAGCUCAAGCAGAAGCAAAACCUAUCAAGAAGGAGGAGGAAGAUGAAGAAGCGGAAGCCAUCCAACCAGCACCCAAGAAAGCGAGGACAAAACCCAAGAGCUUCCUCGACGAAAUUCUCGCUGAACGGUCAAAGAAGAAGAGCAAGAAAGGAAAGGCAUAG